CAAAGGGAAGUAACCCAAAGAAUUCGACAGCCUCGGUCUGGUCGAUUGCGCGAACCGUCGAAAUGGACAAAACAGGGAACACAUCUGAGUCUGUGCUCGCUCAGUUUUGUUCUGUUACAGGAGCAGAUGCUGCCAUGGGUAGGCAGUUGUUAGAAGCAUGUGGAGGAAAUUUAGAGCUGGCUAUCAAUAUGCACAUGGAAGGUGGUGGUAGUGGUGCUGGUGCAUCUAAUGCAGUUGAUGAAGUAAGGGCUCCCAUUCCCCAAAUUCAGGAAACAUUGGUGGAUGAUGCUCCAGUAUAUGGAACAUUUCGAGGAAGGAAAAGAAAAACAAGAUCUGUGUUUGAUGGAUUCAGGGAUUUUCAGGAAGAAGCUCCAACAGGAAGAGGGAGAAGAAAAAGUCAACAAGAGGAAGAGCUGAUGGCUGGGGCAUCAGGAUCGAGAUCUUCUAGGAAAACCAAAACAUUACAGGACCUUUUCAGACCUCCAAUAGAUAUAACUUACAAAGGCAAUCUAGCAAAUGCAAGAGAAACUGGUAAAACUCAGGGCAAAUGGUUAAUGGUGAAUAUACAGAAUGUACAAGAGUUCCCAUGUCAGGCACUCAACAGAGAUGUGUGGAGUAACUCGGCCGUAAAAGCAUUAAUCAAGGAUAAUUUCAUUUUUUGGCAGGUGUAUCAUGACAGUGUAGAAGGACAGAAAUACCGACAGUUCUAUAAAGUGGACAGCUGGCCAUAUGUAGCUAUAUUGGACCCACAGACAGGCGAGAAUAUGAUCACCUGGAGUAAAAUAGAACCUCUUACAUUCUGUGAUCUAGUUUCAGAGUUUUUGACUCAGAACCCAGCAACAAAUACCUUGUCCCCAGAUCCACCUGCUGCCAAAAGGGUAAGAAGGGAGGAUAGUGUGAUAGAUGCUUCAGAAGAUGAUCAGUUACAAGCUGCAAUAAAGGCCUCACUUACCGAAAAGUCUAAAGACAUCAGUGCUAAACCUAUGGAAUUUAACAAUGACAGUGAAUCAGAUGCAAGUGAUCUAGAAACUUUCACCGAUUCAGAGGAUGAGUCACAACACAGUUCUGUGAAAACUCGAAAACGAUCAAAUUCUGGCUCUAAAUCAGCUUCUCACGGAAAAUCAUCACCAACGCGUAAACAUUCCCCGAAUCGUAACUCAGGCGACGAACAAUCUAGCAAGUCAAAUUCUAGAAGCUCUCCAGUACGGAGAAGUGUUAGGUGUAAUUCCCCUUUGGCUGGUUCUAGUAGUACCUUUGAAACACAAAGACCUCAAAGAAAGUGUUCACCCCAAAGGACAAGAAAAAGGUCUCCUUGUGUUGAAAGUAUAUCCUCGCCAAGAAAGACAUCCCCCUUACGAAGAAAAUUAUCACCAUCAAAAACAUCAUCCCCUCUUAAAUCAGAAAGUAUUCAUAACGAUGUCCAUCCAGCAGUUUUGGAAAAUAUUCGUACAAAUUCAAUGUCUGAGGAUUGUUCUGCCAAAGAGGAGACACCAGUGAAAGAAAGUGCUAGUGAAAGUAGUGAAACCGAAAGUGAUAAAUCUAUGGACAUUGCAACUGACCACAGGGAUUAUAGGUCAUUUCUAGGGCCAGAAACAGAUGAAAAGACAACAUUAAUGUUACGGUUACCAGAUGGCCAGAGGGAGAGACUUUGUAUAUCAUUCUCUUCUAAAUUGUUGGCAUUGGUUUUAUUUGUUGGGUCAAAAGGAUUUUCCAACGAGCGCUUUGAGCUGAUAGCUCAGUUUCCACGACGACAACUUUCGCAGUUAGACUACGAGGCAUCUCUCAGGGAUAUCGGCCUACAUGCUCAAGAAACCAUCUUUGUACAAGCAAGAUCUUAAUGUUCAGAAGAAAAUGGCAAAAUGGAUCGUAAUUUAUCAGACUGGGUUUUUUUUUCCCCAUAAUUUCAUAAUAUGAGCCAUGUCACGACAAAACCAACAUAAUGCGUUUGCGACCAGCAUGGAUCCAGACCAGCCUGCGCAUCCGCGCAGUCUGAUCAGGAUCCAUGCUGUUUGCUAUCAGUUUCUCUACUUGUUAUAGGGUUUGUAAGCGAACAGCAUGGAUCCUGAUCAGACUGCGCGGAUGCGCAGGCUGGUCUGGAUCCAUGCUGGUUGCAAACACAUUAUGUUGGUUUUGUCAUGACACGGCUCAUAUUAUUUUUUCAAGCAUGCUCAAUGACUUGAAUAUCAGGAAUAUUUCACUCAGAUGUGAUUGUUUACACUUUUUUGUCGAGUUGACUUAAUUUAAUACAGAUUUUGCAUGAUUUUUUGGAACAUUAUUAUAUUAAAUUUUGUUACUAUAAGCGUUGAAUAUCUUUAUAUUUUCAAUAGUAAUUUAAAGAAAAACAAUUUCAUUCUUUAUUGAUGAAAAAAGCUACAUUUGUAUAUUACCCUCAAUUAGAAAGUUUAACUUUUAAUGAUAUCCCAUAAAGAAAUCAAAUGUUGAUUUUAUUAAAGGUAAUAUUAAAUUUUACCUGUUGCCUUUAAAUAACAUGGCAAUGAGCAUAGAUAAUUGACUUGUAACAGUGCCUAAUAGUGAACUACACUAAUUACAGAAAUCCUGCCCCUAAAGUAAAGAUACAACCUGUUCAGGGUAGCAACCUUUGAGAGUGUUGUUGAAAGGUGUUGUUCUAGUGAAGAUAAAAUUAGUGUAAUAUAUAGUUUUUAUAUGCCGAAAGAAUUUCGGGCAUAUUAUGUUAUACCCCCUGGCGUCUGUCUGUCCGUCCGUCCGUCUGUCUGUCCGUUAGCAAUUUGGUUUCCCGAGCAUAAAUUAAGUUCCAUUUGGCCCACAAUAUUCAAACUUCAUAGGAUGAUUGCCCAUAUUGGGUAGAAGACCCCUAUUGAUUUUGGGGUCAAAGGUCAAGGUCACUCUGACCUUUAAACUGAAAACAGUUUCCGGAGCAUAACUUAAGUUCCAUUUGGCCCACAGUGUUCAAACUUCAUAGGAUGAUUGUCCAUAUUGGGUAGAAGACUCCUAUUGAUUUUGGGGUCACAAGGUCAAAGGUCAAGGUCACUAUUACCUUUAAACUGUAAACAGUUUCCGGAGCAUAACUUAAGUUCCAUUUGGCCCACAGUGUUAAACUUCAUAGGAUGAUUGUCCAUAUUGGGUAGAUGACCCCUAUUGAUUUUGGGAUCACAAGGUCAAAAGUCAAGGUCACUAUGACCUUAAAACUAAAAACAGUUUCCGGAGCAUAACUUAAGUUCUAUUUGGCCCACAGUGUUCAAACUUCAUAGGAUGAUUGUCCAUAUUGGGAAGAAGACCCCUAUUGAUUUUGGGGUCACAAGGUCAAAAGUAAAGGUCACUAUGACCUUAAAAAUAAAAAAAGUUUCCGGAGCAUAACUUAAGUUCUAUUUGGUCCACAGUGUUCAAACUUCAUAGGAUGAUUGUCCAUAUUGGGUAGAAGACCCCUAUUGAUUUAGGGGUCUCAAGGUCAAAGGUCAAGGUCACUAUUACUUAGAAAUUGAAAACAGAUUCUUGAGGAUAACUUAAGUUCCAUUUGGCCCACAGUGUUCAAACUUCAUAGAAUGAUUGUCCAUAUUGGGAAGAAGACCCCUAUUGAUUUUGGGGUCAAAGGUCAAGGUCACUAUUACCUUAGAACUGAAAACAGAUUCCGGGGCAUAACUUAAGUUGCAUUUGGACCACAAUAUUGAAACUUCAUAGGAGGAUUGUUAUUUGAAGGAGGUAAUACUUUAUUUAAUUCCCAUGUCUUACAAAUGCUUCAUCUUUACUAAAAAAAAUCACUUUCGGGCAUAUAAUGCUCCGCCUAGCGGUGCUCUUGUUGAAGACUUGAUUCGAUUGUUGUUAAGAGGGAAUUGUUCUACACAGAGGUUACACUGUAUUCUAUUAUGGAAGUCUGUAUGCCAGGUUUUGAUAACUGAAGGUCAUUAUAAAUUGCAAAAUUGAAGGGGCAAUUUUUUCUUGUAUUUUUUGUUGUACAAAAAGUAUGAAAGUAAACUAAAAGCAAGUUAUUUGAUUACUUGAUCUGAUUUAUGGUUGUUUAAUGUUUACAAAAUACAGUUUGUGUUUACUUAGAAGUAUUUCAAUUCUUUGAAAUUGUUUGUUUUAAUUUAUACAAUAAAGGAGAAUAUUUUUAUGUU